CCAUUCCUCCCUGAGAUGAGAUGCCCUCGCCUACGGUGGCGGCGGCGGCGAGAGCACGCAGCCUGCUCGGAGGUGGGUUUGUUGGAGGAGAGAACGAGACGCGGCGGCCCAGGUGGGUUGGGUGUACGGACACUGGUCCGUUCCGUUUGCUAGGUACUCUUUGGCGCUGAUCGGUAAUGCUGCACGUUCAUUUUAUACGGCUGUAACAGGACGCCCAGCUUGCUAGCUGCAGCUGCCAACACAAACGAUCAAAGUCUCUGUUUAUGCUUAUGAGUCUGAGCCGAAAAGUCUAAUAUAAAUAAACAAACAGUUUAUUUUUUAGUAUUUUAAUGCUAUAAGUCACUCUUACAUUGUUAAUCCAAGUGUUAUUAACAGCUUUAUGACCUUAUCUUACAGUCUCUGGUUUCAGUUCUAACUCAAGAGAAUCGAUUCCUAAAUCCCCAUGCUUCAAUUUUCCUCAAGUAAAAGAAAACAGAGGCAGCUACCAUAGGGAGGCGCAUCAAGUGUGUUGUACCAACCGGGAUAAACAGCUUUAUUUUCCCUAAAACAACCUGCACGUCAGCUACAUUACCGUUCCGGCUCAACUAAAAUGGGCCACAAUGUGACAAAUACGGUUUAGGCCCCUACUAAUUGAGCCCCAUUCCUGAGCUAUAUGGGCCAGAAUAUAUAUGGGCCCCUUCGAACAUGACGUCACCACGCUGCCCUGCAAACCGUCACCCCACUCGCCCCCCAUCGACUUCGUACCAGACCGUCACCGCCGCCUUCGAUCCCUCGCCUCGCCUCGCCUCGCGUCGCGCGCAUGGCGAGAACUCCGGUGGCAGCGGAGUCCGGCUCCGACCUCCGUUUCGGCUUGCUCGAGGAAGGCCGGCCGCAUCCCCCGGUCGUCGCGGCCGCGGCGGCGGCGCUCGUGGGCGGAGCGCAGCGGCGCCGCAACUCGACGCCUCCAUGGCUGCACGCGCUUAGGUUGUUCUGCAUCAUCGCCGCCACCGCGAUGGUGGCCGUCUUCGCCGCGUGGGUUUUCCCCCGGUGCAAGGGCAAGCAGGACGUGCUCCUGUGCGUCGUCGCCCUAGCCGGUGCCGUGUUCACCGGGCCGAUCCUGGGGUUUCUGCUGACGACGUGCGCCGCCGACGCUGACGACCACGAGGCGGCCGCGCGCGUCGCCUCGCGCUACACCAGGUGCGAGGAGAACGUGGGACGAUCCGUCAUCCUGGCCGUUGCGCUGCUGGGCCUCUACGCCAUCUACCUCGCCGCCGUGAGCUGCGGCGGAGAAGUCGACAGGUUCCUGCUGGCGGCUUACUACGGCGUGAUGGGCGUCGGGGUGAUCGUUGGGCACUCCGUUUCGUGGAUCAUGGGAUGCUUUCUGCGCCGCGAUUAGAGAUGGAGAGCAGUGGAUCAUGGUAUGUCAAUUAUUUGCUUUCUCGGCAACCGCAAUUGGUUUGAUUCGACGAUGAUCGUUGGGUAAUGAAACACUGGUUUUGAAUUCAAUGUCACAAGGAUGCUUUCUAGCUAUGCUGUGAUUAGAGAUGGAGAGCAGUAUUAGGAUAGAUACAUCGGUCCUAUGGAUACUCAGUUUUUUAUUCUCGUCAUUAAUGGAGAAUAUAUGGCACCUUAAUUACUGUCUACGGAUUGCUUUUAAUCAGAGCAGCUUGGCAUAGAUAAUGAGAUGAGGAACUGCUUUGUUGUU